AUGCGCUCGAAUAACUCUCUGACUGUCUUGCGUCAAUUCCAAACGAAAUUCUCAAAACCAUAUCCACACUCUCUCCGUUCCCUAUCAUCUUCUACCAUCCUAUACAUCCCUUCAACAACAUCGACACCUCCCAAGUCCUCUACCGAAGAAUCGAAUCAUCCUCAAAAACCUCGUCGUCUCCCUCGUCAAACACUUCGUUCAUUAAUAAACCUCCAUCAUUCUUCUUCUACUUUCCUUCCUCCUUCUAAUCUGAACUCGACGACUUUCAAAAAUAUAUUCGGUAAUAACGAAAGUAUUUUCAUGUCAUAUGAUUCUUUCAAAACACGUAUUUUAUCAUCAUCACCAAUUCCCAUUCAUUCAUCCUCUACUCCAUUUUAUGACCCUUCAUCCUUAAACUCGUUUUCCUCCCCUUCUUCUUCUACUUCGAACAACCCUUCCCAUUCACAAAACUCGAAGGAUUCUUCAGGAGAUUCGAUUUUAAAAUCACCUAAAGGUGGUAUUUUCGGAGGUUCAUCAACCAUACCGGGUGGUAUAACAAUCGUCGAAUCUUCCCCCGUUAGAGAAGGUGUAGGAGCCGUAAGAAAACGUUCAGAGGAUGAUUCAGAUAGAUCGGUAGAUAUUCUUUUCAAUUCUCCUUAUGUCGAACAUUCAAUGGUUGAAGGAGAUGUCGAUGAUGUUAAUGAAAUAGAAGGAGGGAAAGGAAAGACAAGAGGAAGAGGGAAAGGGAAAAAGUGUGAGAGAAGAGAUAUGAGAGAUAAAUUUACAAAAAGAGAAUGGGAAGCUAGACAAGCUAUUUUAGGUAUAUACCAUUCUGGUUUCACACCUUUACCAGCUUUAGAAGGUUUGGAAGAAUAUUUAGAAGCUAAAGGACAGAAUGUGGAGGAUGCCGCUAGGGAAUGGGAGAGAAGACAUGAAGAUGGAGUAUAG